CGAUAUCCAAUUGGGAUUUUUAGUUCCUUUCUCGCGAGGUGAGAACAUUUUCUACGAUUCACGGAUCUAUAAUUAAUCAUCUGCAACAAGAUCAUAUUAUUGGUAUCGUGAGGUAGGGCUACGAGGAACGCAAUGUCAACGGCUGUAAGGGAGAGAACUAGCACUCACACCAGCAGAAAAAUUGUGAGUCAUGGUGGUCCUAUAUCUAACCAAAGCCACAGCUCAGUCACGGCCGGUAGCCUCGAAAAUAAUUUAGAUGCACUUCUCGAGGAUCUUCAAACUAGCGUCUCGAGAAGUGCCACUCCAAGUCGAAGUGGAAGAGCACUCUCGCCUCAAGUCGAAUAUCGUGUGGCUGCAAAUCCAACUAGAGUGGUCACCGAAGGCAGAACUGUAUCACCAACACGAACUACUACAACAACCACGGAAAAAUAUGUGAGUACGGGUCCUAGUGGUGCACCAAGUGGUAUACCAGGUUUAGAACUUCUCGAUGCAGAACUUCAAAAUGUUCAACCGGGACAAAGUAAAACCGUUGCUUAUAAACAGGUAUCCUACCAAUAUAACAAAAGCAUCGAUGGAAAACCAGUUGACUCAUGGGCAAUGGCAGAUAACGCGAUAAUGAACAACGUUACACCGAUGAUUGAUAAUAUUCAUGAGACUACAUACGAAGAGAACAAAACUCAAACGCGACAUCGUAGUCCUGAACCUGUAGUUAAAAAAUCUACGGUUAACAGAGAGCUAGUAUUUUCCGAUACUUCGGCAUCUCGUACUAUGCAAACAUCACCUCCUCCUGGAACUCAAUAUCGAGAUGUAAAAUAUAUACACGAUUCAUCUAGUUAUCAGACCGAACCACGUCCCAUUCAAAGUACGGUAACUACCGUGCACGCGAAUACCGGCCAAGAAUACGGAAACGUGGAAUACGUCCCAGUACCGUCGCCAACACCAGCGAUACCGAUCAACUUGGCACCCGGUCCCAAUACGAAAGUAACGACAACCAUAAAAACGUACACCUACGAGUUGCCAGGAGCACCAGAGACGUAUCUACCGGGUGGCACUUUGCCAGGAGGGGCAGUACUUCCAGGAGAUCAGACUAUUACCUAUACUCUGCCCAGAACUGGUACUUCAACCACAGACAAAACGGUCACCUAUCAGACUGUAACCGAGAAUAUACCGGGUGAUUCGGGUAGUCCGAUUAAAUACAGUAGCCCACCGCCUAUAGAAGUGACCAAAAAGUCAACAGCACUUCAUAAGGAAACUAAAUUUUAUCGUGAAGAUCAUCAUGGUUUGCCACCUUCUUCAGGUGGUACACCUCCACAGAAUUAUCAUCCAGGUUCACCACCAGUACCACUACCUCAGACAAAUAUCGAUUCUAGAACGACUGUUACUAGAAAUGAGAAAUAUUAUCACGUGGAUGGUAAUUUUCCUAAUGGACAAGGCCCCCCAUCGUCUGAUAGACCAGAUUAUCCUGGCAAUACUACUAUUGUUUAUCAAAAUCAACCGCCUGUAAUAAAUGAAACUCACAUGACAACGAUAAAUCGAAUCGAGGAACACUAUCCGAGCAGACCACCUUCCGCUGGACGACAUCCAACGCCAGAUAAACCAGGAACUCCAACAAGAACGAACUAUUAUCCGGUACAAUCUCAAGGAACUCCACCUGGUAGCACUACAGUUUAUAAAUUUUCCAAUACUACAACGACAAUACCUCCAAAUAAAAAUCCCGAAGAUCACGAGGUACUUCUGCCUAAGCCUUUCCCAACAGGAGGUGUACAAGUUUAUCCUGUUAAUGCUAAACCUUCAGGACCUAGCACCGAUCAGCAGGGACCACCAGCAAGACUCGAAGAUCUUAUGGCAUCGUUUUCUGAUUCUGAGCGUGAGGUAUUGGAAAACAUCGAAAAGAAAGAAAAAGAACAACAAAAGAAAGACUCACCGGCCGUAAAGAAGGAAGUUGAUUUUCUGCCUCAUACUCCUCCUAAGGUGAAGAGCAAGAAUGUUGCUGGACCUCCAGUAUACUACCCUCCUGGUUCAGCUGAGUUUACUAAGAAAGAAGAAUAUGGUGCAGCUAUGUCACAAUCUAGUGGAGGAUGGCAAAAAGGAAGUGCAAAAUACGAAUAUGAAGCAUCUAGCAAAAGUAAAAGUAAAUCUUCCAGUGGGGCAGCAGUUGUACCAGUUUGCUUACCACUCUGUUGUGCCUUACCAUGUGUGAUUAUGUAAUUUAGUUGAAAAAUAACUGUAUUGGUAAGAUAUGUUAACAAAACAAAAGAGAUAAAAUAUCAUUAUCUACGUCUUCCACUAUAUGUCCAAAUAUCAAGUCAAGGCUUUAUGGUAUAUAAUUAAGUAGAUUAUAUUUUGUUCUUCUUGCCAAUAUUUUUAAUAUCUAAUAAUAUUAAUAGGAAUAAUAUACAUUGGCAAUUCAAUAGUUAAUUAAUAGAUUCUAUGAUUAUAUUUGUAUUGAGAAAUGAUAUCUGAUUCUCUCUCUUAACACUAUACCGUCCGAAGACACUACAUUGAUGUCAUAUGAAAACUAUUAGACAAAUGUCGGUGUUAGACGAAUGAAACUUGGUCAAAGUGUUAAUAUACAAGUAUAUUUUCAUCCGUCAUUAGAUAAUCAUAAAUUAUUUAUUUCUAUUUCCAUUAUAUAGAUAUACUGUCAUUAAUAAUUAUAAGUCUCUUAUGCUUUCUUACACAAUAUCAUAUUUGAUAUAAUAAUAUAUAAAAUAUAAAAUAUUGACUUUAGUAUAUAGCUGAUUAUUGACUACAUAUGUUCAUUGAUUUUAAUCUUUGUACAAAUUGUUUGCUUAAAACAAGUUUAAUACGCUCUCUUUGUGUUACUUCAAAAAAGUAACAUAUAAUAUUAUCUAUAUAUAAAGAAAUUAGAUUUGAAUCUAUGAUUAUGAUCUAAACGUGAAAAACACGCACAUACAUAUGAUUUGUACUACUGUAAAGCAAUCAUCACAAAGGACAAAUAAAAUAUAUGGGUUGACGUAUACGUAA